CUAUAAAUAGACUAAUAACUAAACACCAAAGCGAUUACGCAAGUGAUCGUUGAAGAGAAUUAAUUAAUUAAUUAAAGAAAUUAUGGCGGAGGAAAUUAGAUUCUUCGAGCUGAACACAGGUGCCAAGAUACCUUCUGUUGGAUUAGGAACUUUUCAGGCUGAAAAUCCUGGAGCCUUGGCCAAAGCAGUUACCACCGCUAUCAAGGUUGGAUACAGACAUAUCGAUUGUGCUUCAUCUUACGGCAAUCAAGCAGAGAUUGGUUCUGCUCUCAAGAAGCUUUUUGAUGAAGGUGUUGUAAAGCGUGAAGAAAUAUGGAUCACCUCAAAACUAUGGUGCACAGAUCAUGAUCCUGAAGAUGUACCAAAAGCAUUAGAUAAAACGUUACGAGAGUUGCAACUUGACUAUGUAGAUCUCUAUCUGAUUCACUGGCCAGUCAGCAUAAAAAAGGGAUCUGUUGGAAUCAAGCCUGAAUAUCUUACAAUACCAAACAUCCCCAAUACAUGGAGAGCAAUGGAGGCCCUGUACGACUCUGGCAAGGCUAGAGCUAUCGGGGUGAGUAAUUUCUCUUCAAAGAAGCUUCAAGAUCUGUUGGAUAUAGCGCGUGUUCCUCCUGCAGUUAAUCAAGUGGAGUUGCAUCCGCAAUGGCAGCAGCCAAAGUUGCAUGAAUUCUGUAAAUCCAAAGGAAUUCACCUAUCUGGAUAUUCUCCACUAGGUUCUCAAUUUCCCGGUCACAAGAAUAACCUCCUUAAGAAUCCUGUGCUUAAUGUGGUUGCGGAUAAGUUAGGGAAGACACCAGCACAAGUGGCCCUCAGGUGGGGUCUGCAAGCAGGGCAUAGUGUACUGCCAAAGAGUGCUAACGACGAGAGGAUCAGGAGCAACUUUGAUGUCUUUGAUUGGUCUAUCCCUGACGAUCUAAUGGCCAAGUUUUCUGAAAUUAAGCAGGAGAGGGUUAUUGAUGGUACUGGAUUAUUUGUGCAUGAAACUUAUGGUGCAUAUAAGACUCCUGCAGAACUCUGGGAUGGAGAAUAGAGGGGUUUGCAGCAUCAAGAUGGCAAUGGUGAUAGUACAAAAGUUAUUGUGGACAAUUAUUUUCUUUGCCAUGUGAUAUUCUAUUCCAAACUGUAUUAUAUGUUGAUCUAUGCUAUGCUGUAUUAAAUUUUUAUGUAAUAAAUGAUUGUUGUAUUUUAAAUUCUGUUAAACUUAUUUAAAGAACUUGUUUA